CUCGGGAGCUGUUGGACCUGUUGUCCCCCCCCUCCACUUCCGGGCUGCUGGGGAGGGGGACAGAACAGCUUCUCUCCUCCCUCUUCCCCAGCCACCUGUCCUCUAGACAGAAAAGGCAGCGCCCGGAGCGCAGAGGGAAGCGCGCCAUAGCCUGAGCUGGCCCGCCUCCUGGAGCUCUUUUCCACGCGCCCGAGCGGUCGGGAGCUGCUCUGGCCUCGUGGGCCACACCCCCACGCUGCCAGACCACGCCCCCGGAACGCAAGGGCCAGCCCACUCCGCCGGAGCCCGAAGCGGCCAUGGGGACGCCGAGCGGCCCGGAGGAGGGGUGCCAGCCGCCUCCGGUACCGGAGUGCGACGCGGAGGACCGGCCCCAUGGGGCUACGCAGCCCCAGGUGCACGCGGGGGACGCCCACAAGCCGGAGGCGCCCGAGGUCCCCGAGGCCCCCGAGGAGCCCCAGAGAGUGAAGGAGCUUCCCAGCGGCCGAGGAGCUGAGCAGCAGGCUGAGGAAGAGGAAGAAGUGGGAGAAGGCAGCAGCACGGAGAGCAGCCGCGACGCGGGGGAGGCUCCGCCCCCAGCACAGAUCGUGGCCCCCGCAUCCACCCAGCCUGGAGAGAAGGUGCGAGGGGCCGCGCGGCGGCUUCGAGAGCAGCAGCUGGAGGCACUGACCCGCGUGGCCCUGAUGGAGCAGCGAGUGAAGGAGCUACAGCGCCAGAGGAAGGAGCUGAGGAUCGAGAUGGAGGUGGAGGUAGCCCUUCUGCGGGGUGAGCUGGCUGGGGAGCGAGUGGCUGCCCGGCGCGAGGAGGAGCAACUCCGGGAGCUGCUUGGACAGCAGGAACAGAAGCAACUGAGCCAGGAGCGGGAUCGGGUGGAGGCUCUUCGCCAGCGACUCCAGGAGGCCCAGGGACAACUCGACUCACAGCCAGAGGACCAGCGUGAGCGACUUCUGCAGGGGGUGCAGGAGAUGAGGGAACAGCUGGAUGUGGCCCAGCAUGCCUACGAGGACCUAGAGUUCCAGCAGCUGGAGCAGGAGAGCCGGCGGGAGGACGAGGACCGGGACAGCCCCGGGGCCCGGGCACUGGACCCCAAGGUCCGGGAACUUCAGGCCAGCGUGGCGCAGCACAGGCGCCGGAUCCAGGUCUUAGAGGAGCAGCUCAAGGCGCUGGGGGAGCAGAUGGCAGCUGAGAGCAGGGGGCUGAGCCAGAAGAAGGAGGAGGCCCUUGAGGCCCUGACGCAGGAACGCAGCCGACUGCUCCAGCUUAACUGCCUUCAGGGAACCCCUGGAGGGGACUUCUCUGAGUCCAGCCAGGCCCUCACUAAGCUCCUGUUCACCCAGAAGACAGACCGCCAGCUGCUGGUGCUGCAGGACCCCGCCGCCCACACUGCCACCGCCACUUCUUCCUGCCUCUUCUCUGUGCACAGCUCUCUGCAGGGCUCCAUCGGCCUCCAGAGGACUGGAAGCCUGCCCCGGAAGAGGGGAGAGAGAGCGAGCCAGAGGGGAUCCCCCCGACCUCUAUCCCUCCACUGUACUGGACCCCUGCAGGGCUCGGCCCUCCCAGCAACAUCGGGAGACUCUGGAAGACACCCACUCUAUCAGCUGCUCAACUGUGGCCCUGGGAACAGCUGUGGGGCCCUCCACCCAGACAUCGCCCGCAUGGAGCGGCUCCUGCAGCAGGCUGUGGCGGAAAGGGAGCGACUGCUCAAGGCCAGGGAAGGGAUGAGAAGAAGCACAGAAGGUUCCUCAGGCCCUGUUGUACCUGCCAUCAUGGCCCCGCCCACGCCCCCACCCCGCCCCCCAGGCCCCCGGGUCUUGGAUCUCAGGCAGCACCUGGAACGCUGGGGCCACAACCCGGAAAACUGCCCGCACGUGAGGGUGUCGGGGGGCUGCUGCCGCGGAUCCCUGGUGAAGAUGGGCGGCCGCAUCAAGACCUGGAAGAAACGGUGGUUCUGCUUUGACCGCCAGGCGCGCCGUCUGGCCUACUACGCCGACAAGGAAGAGACCAAGCUCAAAGGCGUCAUCUACUUCCAGGCCAUAGAGGAAGUCUAUUACGACCACUUACGCUGUGCCUUCAAGAGCCCCAACCCUCGCCUGACGUUCUGCGUGAAAACCUACGAACGCCUCUUCUACAUGGUGGCACCGAGCCCCGAGGCCAUGCGCAUUUGGAUGGACGUCAUCGUGACCGCCGCGGACGAGAAUCACGCCCCCUGAGGGGCCCCGCCCUCCCGGGGGGCGUACUGGCGAGGCUCCGCCCCCGCCCCGCCCACGGCCUCGCCUGCUGUCGAAAAGCCCCGGGCCCGCCCCUUCGGAACUUCCGGGAAUCCUGCAGGUGCCGCGGCUCGGCGGGCCCGAGCCGCGGCGUUUGGGGCUGCAGGUGCCUUCCCGCUACGGAAGCCAGCCUCAGGGGCCCUGCCCCGGGCAGGAGGAAGAUUGCAGGGGCGGGAAGGAACUAUUUAUUGGUGCUCCUGUGAUACCGAAUUAAACACGGAGGAAAACAGUGA